CUUUGUAUAGUAUUGUAGUCUUAUUUGUCCUUACAGCUUUAACACUUUUUUUUAUCAAUUUCUUUUAUUUUAAUAAAUUUCAUCUCAGGUCACCAUGGCAAACCUGGAUGAAGACACAGAGGUGAAAAGUCUGAAGACUAAAGUCAUGGCACCUGUGAGUGAAAUGGACCCCUUUGUCAACAUCAACGGUGCAAAAGAGAAUGAACCAUUGGCGGAAGGACUCUUGCCAGACUUGAGUUGCUGCGAGAAAAAUAAACAAUCAAUCUGUUCUCCUAAAACAUCAGUAUCUAUGAUGAAUCCAAGACUUCUGGUGCAAUGUGACAGUUACCUGCCCGCAGUCUCCCCGCUUUCUGAUUUGAGACCAGUAAAACAAGCAAACAGAGUUCUGUCUUUUGAAAAGGGUUUUUAUCAUGAUGAUCUUUUUUUGCCUGGAGGCAACAUAAGGCCUAAACAUCUGUAUGGAGAAAAUGUCAAACAAAGUCAAUUUGCUUCCUAUGGCGAGAACCUCGUAUUACUCAAUCACUCCAUAGUUUAUGGCACGAAGAAAAUGUGUGCAGAUUUUGCUGCCCAGUUACAUGCAUCACCCCCUCCACUGUCAAAGACAACAGGAGUUAUAACUAACCAUGAUGUCUAUAAAAAUAUACAGGAGAUUUGUGGUGUUGCAGAGCAGAAUAAUCAUCCUUUCACCAAUGGUGGAUUUGGAACUGUCUCAUCCAUAACUCUUUGUAAUGGCCUUUGCAUCCUAAGGAAAAGGAUAAAAAGAUGCAAUUUUUUAAACAAUGAGGUCACUAUACCUUGCUACAUCAGACAUCCUAACAUCAUGGAUAUCUAUGGAGUUCUUGCAACAUUUACACACGUGGACCUCCUUAUGGAAAAUGCUGGAGUGUCAUUGAUAGACUUCAUGAAGGGUAAUCGUCUAGAUGACUGUAUGAUUGUGAGGUUCAGUUGGCAGCUUAUCAGCGGUGUAAAGGAAUUGGGGAGAUAUGGCUUUAGGCAUUUAGACCUCAAACCCAACAAUGUCUGCAUAUACCAGGACAAAGAUGGCAGCCUAAAUCUGAAGAUUAUCGACUUUGGGUCAGCAAAACUUGCCAGUGAGAGGAAUGAUUUUAAAGGGUUAACUCCAGAGUAUAUGGCUCCAGAGCUGUGUGUGGAGAAACUUGCAAAGUAUAUGGCUCCAGAACUGUUGUGGGAGAAACUCUGCAUUAUGAACAAAAGUGAGAAGAUAACUUCAGAAAAAGUGGACCUGUAUUCUGCUGGACUGACAAUACUGUAUAUGCUUACUGGGAAGCAUGUCUUCAGACGCGUUGGAAAGGACAUAUCAAUAUAUAAAUCAAUAUUUGAUCAGAUUUGCCUGAUCGACUUUUCCAAGCAUAUUCCGGAACAUUGCCCUAAAGUUAUUAAAGACCCCCUUGAAAAUUUGUUGAAGAAAGAUCCGAAAGAAAGAUGGACAACAGAACAGUUUUUGGAAGCUUUACAAAGCAAUGGUAAUUGUCCAGAACUCCAGGUCAAUAUACAAAAAGUGCCAUGUAAGAGGAAAGCAGAAAAACAAACACUCAGAAACGACAUGACAGAUGGCAGUGUUUCCAUGGAUACACUUGAGAAUGAAACCAUGGGAGUAUCCUGUCCAAGGGAGAGCAUGCCUGCACCACUGGUCGACCUUCAUGAAGGCACGGUUCAAAACUUGCCCGCCACCAACUUCGAAGUGUAUGGAAUGGUGAACACGGUUUCUAAGGGAAGGAAGCCUGUAGCCAGGUUCAAGAAGCCUAGACUGGACCCUCAAGAUGGUACGGAAAGGUCAAUUUGCAAGGCUCCGUAUACUGAAGGAUGGAAACCGACCGAUUUGGUAGUGACGUUCAGUCAAUCAGCAAAAGUCAUGGAUGAUAAACCAACAGUUGUGGACCAAGCAGGGGAUCAACAUGCAGGACAGGAAGCAGAUGAAAGUGGUAUGUCCACUGGAGGUGUUACAGAUGAGGGAGAAGUACAUCAACCUACCACAGAUGAUGCCGUAGCAGAUGAUGUUGCUAGAAAUGGGAGUAUGAGAGACCCACCUGAUGAUCAACAAAACAAUCGGUUGCCUUGUUUUGAAGAACUGUUGUCAGAUAUGGACAGUUCCAGUUCUAUCAAAUCAAGAGGGAGCGCUUCACAUCCGAAGACCUGGGCUUAAAGAAACAUAUACUGUUAAACCAUCAUAAUUCGUGGAACUUUUUUUGUUUUCAUGGGUUGUCUAAUCCACAAAUUUAACACACAAACGUCAAAACAUAACCAAUGCUCAUUACUAUUUUUUUUCCAUAAUCACAAAUCCAUGAUAAAAUGUCCACAAAAAAGUCAUUUCUUGAAAAAACACAAAAUGUCAUGCUAACGAAUAUAAAUAAUUUUCAGUAUGAAAAAAAGUUGAGGGUAUGCCUCACCUUAAGAUAGUUGAGAUCAAAGUAUGAACCUCUAAGCAUGCAAGCAUUCUUUAUCUUACUGUCAUGAUAUUUUAUCAACAUGUAGUUUCUGUUUUGGCAUAUAAAUGCAUCAAAUUUUGUAUGGAACAUUUUUCACUUUUUGUAAUAUAGUUCUUAGUUAAGUGAUCUGCAAGUGAUGUUUCUGCAAUGCAACAUUUGAUGCCCCCCUUUGAAGAAGAGUGGGUAUCUUGUUUUACUGGAUGUCUGUCGGUCGGUCUGUCAGUAGACCAGUUUGUUUCUAAUCAAUAACUCGUCAAUGAAUUGACCGAUUGGCUUGAUACUUCACAUGUGCAUUGGCCUUGGACAGUAGAUGACCCCUAUUUGAAUUGGAGUCACUAGGUCAAAGGUCAAGGUCACUGUCACAAUAAGAAUUCAAAGCAUUUCCAAUCAAUAACUCAUUAACUUAUUGACCAAUUGGCUUCAUACUUCAUCCGUGCAUUUGCCUUGGACCGUAGAUGACCCCUAUUGAAAUUUGGUCACAAGGUCAAAGGUCACUGUCACAAUAAGUGUGAAAAUCGUUUCCGAUCAAUAACUCAUGAACGAAUCGACCGAUUGGCUUGAUACUUCACUUGUGCAUUGGCCUUGGACAGUAGAUGACCUGUAUUGAAAAUGAGGUCACUAGGUCAAAGCUUAAGGUCGCUGUCAUAAUAAGUGUGAACAUUGUUUCUGAUCAAUAACAAGUCAACAAAUUGACCGAUUAGCUUGAUACUUCCCAUGUGCAUUAGACUUAGACAGUAGAUGACCCCUAUUGAAAUUUGGGUCACUAGUUCAAAGCCUUGCUUGGGGGCAUAUGACUCCGUGGAAUUCUUGUUAUUUGAAGUUAGGUAUUCAAAUGUACAUACUUGUCAGUAAUUACAGGGUACAUCUCUAUGGCUAUUGGUGCAACAAAGUGUUCUCUUUUGUUUAGAUAUUUUAUUUGAAUUGUAAUGAAAUAUGUUCAAUUCUGUUACAUUUUUUCGACUAAAAUUCAUGUCUGGUUCCUCUCUGAAAAUUAUGUUUCAUUACCAGGAUCAAUAUUAUGAAAUGUUACUUUGUUGUUGUUUUUUUUUAAGUAGGUAAAAGUUUCAUGACUGUUUGCGCUGCAAGGAUGUUUCCGUAAAUUCCCGAUAUAUAUUAUGCUUCUCAUCUCAAAACUCUUCUUUUUUUUGUCCCGCACUACUAUAGUGGGGGACAUAUUGUUUUUGCCCUGUCUGUUGGUUGGCUGGUUGGUUUGUUUGUUUAUUUGUUUGUUUGCUCCAACUUAAACAUAUUGCAACAUUGAAGAUAGCGAUUUCAUAUUUGGCAUGCCUGUGUAUCUCGUGGAGAUGCACAUUUUGCGUGGCGAAAGGUCAAGGUCACCCUUCAAGGUCAAAGGUAAAAAAAACAAAUCCAAGGGAAGUAAUAAGCUUUAAAGUGAGAUAAUUAUCUCAACCUGCCAAAUGAUAAAAAAUUAAAAUAAAUCAAAGCACCAGACGGGGAAAUAGUGUUUCUGACAAACACAUUUCUUCUUUUUCAUUACUUUGCAGUGGGUAUAACAGAGUUUAAUUUUCAUGUCUUGAAUUGAGUUAAUCAGAUGAAUUUUGUGGUGUUUAUUAAAUGUGAUUUUAUUAAGUUUUUGUUUUGGCAAGCUGCAUGAAUUAUGUAGUUUCCCAAUAACUUUUAAUGACGUACCACACAUUGUUAAAGGGUUAUAUUUGAUUGUUGUUAGAAAGUUAUUAUUUUUUAUUGUUAUGUUUGAUACUCGAUGUAACCAAACAUUGAAUAAUGUUAAUUCUUGUUUUGAAGGCUUUAUGAAUUUACAAUAACAUUUAUAAAAUAUACUUGAUUUACACAUUUUUGCAACAUCUUUUAAUAGGCCAUAUUAGACCUGAUUUGAUUCCUUGCCAUUAUAAUACAAUCCAUUCUUUUGUUUUGGAAAUGUUGAAUACACUGCGAUUUGAAUAAUAAAUUUUUUUUAGCAUAACCCAUAUAGAAAUAUAUGUCUUUACAAUGCAAUAUAAUUGAACUUAAAAUGGAGUGAUUAUAAUGUUACACUGGUAUACUUGUUUUUGUAUACACAUUGUGAUUGUCACUUAAAGUUUUUAUUCUAGCUUUUGUAUACACAUUUUAUUUAAACUUUAAGUUUGAAAUCUAGCAUUUGUGUACACACAUCGUUACUGUGACUUUUAAGUUGUUAUUCUAGAUGUUUGUAUACCGAUUGUGAUUGGGACUUUUAGUGGUUUUUGUAUACACCUUUUGGGUUGGGACUUCAAUUUGGUAUUUUAGCUUUUUGUACAAUGUAUACACAAUGUUAAUUAGAUUAAGAAAAGCAUUAAUUGAUGCUGGGUUUUGUUUUUUUAAUGGCCAUUGUAGUAUGUUUGUAUGUAUAAACAUUUUGAUUGGGAACUGAUUUCAACAAGAAUGAUUGAGUAAGAAUACUGAAUAUUUGUUGAUGAAAACAAUUAUUUGUUCGGACACUACAAGAACUACAUGAACACUUAUAUAUUUUGUGCUAACAUUGAGAAGUUGUUUAGAAAUGAGUUAUAAACACUGAUUCGGAAUGUGUGUAUGAAUUAAUAGUUAUAUAUGAACUGUAGAACACGCUUUGCCUAUAGUAGGAAGAUGUGUAUGACAUUAUGUGUAAAAAAAGUGUCCAUUUAUGAUUGGGAUGAAUGCAUGAACGCAGAUUAUAAGUGUGUAUAUUUUAAUUUUUAACCAUAUUAUUUUAACUUGAAUUUAGUAUACAAGUGUUAAUAAUUUGUAUGUUAAGAUAUUUUAAUUGCAAUGAAUUGCAUUUUAAAACUGCUUAUUGACUGUAAACCAACUAUUUUAAUGCUGUUGCAGUUUACUAAAUAUUUCAGAUUUCUUUAUUCACUGUUUACCAGGUAUUAUAGUGCUGUUUUUUUUUUACUGUUUACCAAUUAUUCUAUACAUUUAGCUGUCUAUUAUCUGGUUACUAAGUACUUAUAUUUUUAAUUUGUUCAUUGGAGGUUAAUUUAAUUGAUAGCAACCUGAAUAAUGUAUAUUUUAUCGUCUACUGGUUUAUUGAUCAUGUAAUUUACACCAAGUUAAUAUCAUGUUACAAGUUUUGUAAUAAUAUAUGGGUUUUUUAUGAUUUGUUUACUUUAUUGAAGACCUUAUAUUCAGAUAGUAUUACAUGAGCUUUUAGUUUAAUUAUUUUGGGAAAAAUAAUUUAAAAAUAAUUUCAUGUAUCAAGUUUAGAAUAUUUCUUCAGAAAUUUCAUAAUGAAAUUUUAACAAUAUGAUUUUGGUAAGGAAUUAGUAACCAUUUACAUGUAAAUUGUUAAUGAAGUCUUUGUGUGUAAUAAAAUGUCUUUGGAACGUGUA